UGCGGGGUAUCUAUAGAAGCCUCGCGGGUGCACGCGCAGCGGAGUCGGAAUCUGUCCGGAGUCUGAAUUUGGCACAGCUUUACCCCCGCCCCAUGAAAAGUACACUCUGUCGUAUUCUUUCGCAAUCCCUGCCAGAGACACGUAAGAAUGGGGUCUCUGAGUAAAUCUCCCCUGGCCAGGUUGUACAUGUUUAUGUUAUGGAUGCCUAUGUUGCUGGAAUUGCAUGUGUUGGAUGGAGCUGUGGCUCAGUCAGUGUCUUCUUAUGGCAAGCAAGGCUCAGACUUGGGGCUGCAGGUGUUCCUUCAAAUGGUCCAGGAGAAGCCACAUGAAAAUGUGGUGCUGUCCCCUCAUGGUGUAGCCUCCAUUCUGGGGAUACUGUUGCCAGGGGCUCAUGGAAAUACCAAACAACAGCUCCUUUCAAGACUUCGAUAUAACAAAAAAGGUCCCUAUAAGAUGCUACGGAAGCUGCAUAAGGCCCUGACAUCCAAGGCCAACACCAACUUCAUCGUCAUCGCCAAUGCACUCUUUCCACAGGAAGGCUUCAAUAUUCACACCAAUUUCCUGACUACCAAUAGGGACAAUUUCUUGUGUGAUAGCCACGCCCUUAACUACAACAACCCACAGCAGUCUGCAGAUUUCAUCAAUGGGUGGAUCAAGAACCGCACCAAGGGCCACAUCCACAGUCUUUUGAAGCCAGAUAUGUUGGACCCAUCCCUGACACGGCUAGUGGUAGUAAACUCAAUCUACUUUAAAGGAAUGUGGAAGUCCCGCUUCCAGGUCCAGAGCACCAAGAUUAGGAGCUUUACAGGUGGAGAUGGAAAGUCUUACAAAGUGCCAAUGAUGUCCCAACUAUCUGUCUUUAAAAUUGGUUGGGCAAAUACUCCUGACGGUGUGAAAUAUAGGGUUAUAGAAUUACCAUAUCAUGGCAACCACACAAGCAUGUUCAUUGCAUUUCCUUCGGAAAGGGUGACACCAUUGUCAACAAUCUUACCUCAUCUGACCACAGCAACAGUGCAUGGCUGGGCCAAACUGAUGCGUCAGGGAAAAAUCCGUCUCCUGCUGCCAAAGUUCACAGUAGAGAUGGAGAUGGAUCUGAAGGGGCCUUUGUUUGCUCUGGGUAUAACGGACAUUUUUAUUAAGGGAAAAGCUGACUUUCGACACCUCAGUUCAGAACCCAUUCAUCUAUCCAAGGCUCUACAGAAAAUCAAGAUAGAGGUUAAUGAGGAUGGAACUAAAGCAGCUGCUGCAACUACUGCAAUUUUGAUGGCCAGGUCCUCUCCUCCUUUGGUGAUUAUUGAUAGACCAUUCUUGUUCCUUAUCAGACACAAUCCUACAGGAACCAUUCUAUUUGCUGGUCAAAUAAACAAACCUUGAGCAUGCUAGUGUCGAGAACAAGGAGACAGUGACCUUUGGGUGUAUCAUUUUUGUUAGAACAUUUUCUUGCUAUUAGAAAACAUUAAACAGCAAUAUUAUUUUAGGCUGUGUUCAUACCAGUACACGCAUAAUCUGCUGGUAACAAAUAUGAAUAAACUUACUAAUUUACUAAA